AUGUGCCGAUACAGCAGACUGCUUCAAGGACUGGCGGCUUCCUACGCGAACCAAACUGCAGGUUUUGUAAGUGUUCCCGGCGGUAAACGAACCAAAAACUUACAGCCAAUAGGCAAACGAUCCACUCCUCCACUUCCCUCCGGACACGAGAUCUCGACUCAAGUCCGUCUGAAAGUGGUGAGAAGACCGCGAUGUUGUGAAGAUUUUCGUUUUGUAUGA